UGCAGCAACAUUCCGCCUGACUACCCAUAACCCCCGAACAACAGAGCUGCUGGAGGAGUCUGGGAGUUGUAGUGUACGGCAGCUGGCGUGCAGUCAGCGGCACGGGAUGUCACUGCGUUCCCCUGUAUGGGAGGCGCCUGCUGCACGUUGUCGGGGGCCACGGAGAGAGCCCGGGGCUGGGCCCUGGUGACACGAGUGACGUCAUUGUACGGCGACUCCAGCAUCAGGAAGUGAUCAGGGAGCAGUAUGCUGGGGACCAGCACAGCCAUUAUCGCUGAGAGAUACCGCCCCGGCCGCGGACAGUGUCCCCCCGCCCCCCCUGUGAUAAGGUGUUAAUCUGAUUGAAGAGGAGUACAUUAUGGGUGAAGAGCCCCCCAGUCUGGAAUACAUCCAAGCCAAGGAUCUGUUCCCACCUAGGGAACUGGUGAAGGAGGAAGAUAAGUUACAGGUACCUUUCCAAGUGCUGCCAGGCGAAAGUGUGGAGUAUUUAGGAAAUGCUAAUGAUGCUGUUAUAGCAAUAUCCAACUACAGGCUGCACAUCAAGUUCAAAGACUCUGUCAUCAAUGUGCCUUUGAAGAUGAUUGAGACUGUGGAGAGUCGUGACAUGUUCCAGCUACAGAUUAUCUGCAAGGACUCCAAAGUAGUGAGGUGUCACUUUUCCACUUUCAAGCAAUGCCAGGAGUGGCUGAAGCGGCUGAGCAGAGCUACUGUGCGUCCAAUCAAACAAGAAGAUCUGUUUGCGUUUGCCUACCACGCUUGGUGCCAGGGGGUCUGCUCUGACGAGGAGGAGCACCAUGUUCACCUCUGUCGCCCAGGUGACCAUGUGAAGCACCGCUUUCAGAUGGAGUUGCAGCGCAUGGGUUUUGAUAUACAAAAUGCAUGGAGAGUGUCUGAAAUCAACAACAACUACAAACUGUGUCCAAGUUACCCUCAGAAGCUCCUGGUUCCUGUCUGGAUCACUGACAAAGAGCUGGAGAAUGUUGCUACCUUCAGAUCAUGGAAGAGGAUUCCUGUUGUGGUGUACAGACAUACACGAACAGGGGCAGUGAUAGCACGUUGCAGUCAACCGGAGAUCAGCUGGUGGGGCUGGCGCAAUGCCGACGAUGAGUACCUGGUCACUUCCAUCUCCAAGGCCUGUGCCCUGAACCCAGGAGGACGUGCGGCUGCUGCCAGCUUCAAUAACAAAAACACCAAUGAGGGAAAUGAGAAUGCAGACACAGACUUUGAUUCCUCACUGACCGCCUGCCCUGGAAUUGAGGGGAGCGGGGCGCCUCAGAAACUCUUAAUCCUGGAUGCAAGAUCUUACACAGCUGCUGUUGCUAACAGAGCGAAAGGUGGCGGCUGCGAAUGUGAAGAAUACUAUCCAAACUGUGAAGUAGCCUUUAUGGGAAUGGCGAAUAUUCACUCAAUCAGGAAUAGCUUCCAGUACCUCCGAGCUGUAUGCAAUCAAGUUCCGGAUCCAGGAAACUGGCUCUCAGCAUUGGAAAGUACAAAGUGGCUGCAGCACCUUUCUGUCAUGUUGAAAGCUGCCACUGUUGUGGCCAACGCCGUGGACCGAGAAGAGCGCCCGGUGCUAGUCCACUGCUCCGAUGGCUGGGACAGAACACCUCAAAUUGUUUCCUUGGCGAAGGUCGUGUUGGAUCCAUAUUACCGGACCUUAGAAGGGUUCCAGGUGCUGGUUGAGACAGACUGGUUAGAUUAUGGCCAUAAAUUUGGCGAUCGCUGUGGUCAUCAGGAAAAUGUAGAAGAUCAAAACGAGCAAUGUCCCGUCUUCCUGCAGUGGUUAGACUGUGUCCACCAGCUGCUCCAUCAGUUCCCCUGUCUCUUUGAAUUCAACCACGCCUUCCUGGUGAAAUUAGUCCAGCACACGUACUCGUGCCUCUAUGGAACUUUCCUUUCCAACAACCCUUGUGAACGAGAGACGCGUAAUAUCUACAAGAGGACCUGCUCGGUGUGGUCACUGCUCAGAACUGGCAACAAGAAUUUUCACAAUCUGCUCUACAUGCCUGGUGGUGAGCUGGUUCUACACCCAGUUUGUCACGUUCGGGCUCUUCAACUCUGGACAGCCGUAUACCUCCCUGCCUCUUCGCCAUGUGCGCCCAUUGAUGAUGGGAUGGAACUCUACCUUUCCCCAGCAUCUCAAGGACCAGAUUAUAAUUCUAGAUCACUGGACAGGUUACCGAAAACUCGCUCAAUGGAUAAUCUUGUGACUGUAUGUGACAGUGGUGGUUUGCUGACGCGUACGUCAAGUGACCCCAACUUAAAUAAUCAUCAAGUAAGCCUUGACUCCUGCUGCAGUACCGCUGAUGCUGGGGAGGCAGAAAGCCAGGCUCCUCUGCAGCACCCCUCCCAUGUCCAAGACCAGGAGGAAGAGGCACAGGAUUCCCUCCAAGAUGAGGGAGGAAAUAUGCAAGAUGUUCCCGGAAGUCAGAAUAAUAAUGAACUGGAUGAAAAUGGAACUUCACCGACUACAAAAACAGAAUUUGCUGACAUGAAAUGUGACGACAUUAAGUGUGUACUGGAAAAAAGUAAUGACGUAGAUGAGCAAAAUAUUAUUACUGUAUCUAUUACGGAUACCGAUCAAUACAAAAGUUCUAUGUUAGCGAAUCUGCCGUGUCCAAACUCUGAGACAGACGUGUCUACCGACAGCACUUCAUGCAAAGAUAUUACCAAACCUGGUAAGACUGCAAAGGAAAUAUGUAGGACUGACCGAAAGGCAUUGUCUCACAUCCCAAGGAGUGAGCUUUCUCUUCUGGCAUCAAACUGGGACAGUAUACAAGGAAUGAUAAAAUCUGUCCCUAUAGGUGAGAUUGGUCUUCGCCGUCCUUUGUCAUACGAGUACUCCACAAGAAGUCUCCACAGCAAGCACGGAAGACAUACUGCUGGCUCCUAUAGUUCCAGAGAUGCUGCAAAGAUCUCCUACAACUUUCCUGCCUCAUUGCACUGUUCUGGGCCCUCGGUGAAAAGCUGUAGAGGGCCAGUGACCUGUCACACCAGGCUGUUUCACACGGGUCGAUUUUUCCCUUUGGCUUGUCCAUCACCUCCGCCUCUCAUGUACCAAGAUGAUGAUGGUUUGCCUAUUCCCAGUGAUGUUGUACAACAACGGCUGAGGCAGAUGGAAGCAAGCUACAAGCAAGAGGUUGACUUGCUGCGAAGGCAGGUGUGGGAAUUGCAGUUACAGCUGGAGAUUCGUCAGUAUUGUGCUCCACCGCCUGAACCUGAGGCUGACUACGAAGAUGAUUUUACCUGUGUAAAGGAGUCCGAUGGCAGCGACAUGGAUGACCUGUAUUCUGACAAAAGUGAGGACCGACUUUCAGAGGCCAGUUGGGAGCCACUGGAUAAGAAGGACACUGAGGUCACAAGAUGGGUACCGGAUCACAUGGCAUCACAUUGUUUCAACUGUGACUGUGAAUUCUGGUUGGCUAAACGGAGGCAUCACUGCAGGAACUGCGGAAAUGUUUUUUGUGCCGACUGCUGUCAUUUGAAGCUCCCUAUUCCUGACCAACAGCUCUACGACCCCGUCUUGGUUUGCAAUACGUGCUAUGACAACAUUCAAGUCACACGAGCUAGGGAGCUUAUGUCCCAGCAGCUGAAGAAACCACUAGCAGCAGCAUCAAGCUGAGUGCUAGCAACAAAACAAAAAGAAAAGUCUGGCUUUAAGCUUCUCCUUUAGUUCCUCACAGCCAAGAUGAAGUGUUGAUGGGAUGGCGUGACUGCUAAUAUGUAAGCAUGCCGGUGAACAAAUGCUUCGGAAGUAAGCAACACACCGGCUUACCAUAGCAUUAUAUUUGCGCACCAAGACAGGUUUGUUACCCACACAGAAGUGUAGGAUUUGGCAUGGACUGCUAGGGGUUUCCCUACCAGUUAGAAGAUUUUUGGUUCCUGCUUUCUCUAGCUCCGGUUGUUGAGGGUUUAUUAGGAAUGUGGUCAGACAAUCCAGUUUCCCGGCAAGAGCCUAGAGAAGAAAGGUGUCAAGAAAUCCAGCUGCAUUUCCCUUGUUAAAGGUUUUUUUUUUUUCGUUGUUUGUUUUUUUUGUAAACAAAGAUCCAAUUGUGUAUAUUUUGUCGUAUUGUUCUCUCCUGAUUGGGACAUGAUCCUUGCUGCCUUCUAUCUUGUGUUCCUGGAGUAAUCUGAAAAUUUGGUCAAAAUGUUCUUGGAUUAUUAUUUUUUUGUUUCCCAGACUGUGGCACCAUUUGAUAUGCAGGGUUUACAUGUAAAUACUAGGGUAAUAGUGUGCUACAAAACUGUGAAUAUGAACCCUUUUCUCGCUAUAGGAGUAUGCUGCAGUAUGAAGCUGGCACCUUUCGCGGCAAAGGGUCUAAGUAUGCGAGUUCCUCCACUUGUUUGUCUUGAGCUUUAGGGCUUUAAACACCCCCCAGUUCUACUUUGAUAUCUUCUCGUUUAUGUGUCUGUAAAAGUCCUUUAUAUUUUUUUUUAUGUCUCUCUUUUGUUAAUACUAUUUUUCGAAUCCUUUAAACUUGAUUCCUGAGUGGUUAAAAAACAAGUGUCCCUUGGAAAUGUAGGUCUUGGCUGUUCUUCUGUUUCCAUUUGAGGGGCUUCAUAUUAAAUGCUGCUAUUUCGAUUUUUGUGCACUUAACCAAUGUAACUUAGACAAGGGACAAAAUGUUAAUACCAAAAGGUUUCGUGAUGCCAGAUUAAUCUUCUUUGUUCUAAUAUUGAUCUGUAAAGUGCCACUUUGUUACAUAUAAAUCAGCCAUUACGUGUCGUGGGUUGCUUCGGAUUUUUGUAAAUACAUGAUUCUUGCUGACUUUGAUUUUUCCAGCAAUCUUAAAAAGCCAACAGCAGUUUGCAAUCAGGUGAUUUGGCUCCUGACAAGGAGUGGGAACCCAACUCCACUUGGGGAAAAAGGACGACAAAGACUUAGCAGCAAGAUUGCUGGUAGUGGAAUCAUUUUAACAUAGUCUAGUUCUAUAUAAACACACUAUGCGGUCUUUUGGAGGUGACACCAGUUGUGCAGCUGUUCCAGAAGACACUUGGUUAAUUAUUUCUAUGCAGCGCCUAUUUUACCCCAUCCGCUUUACAAUUUUGGUACAUUAUGGUUCUGUGUAAUAGAACGUUUGUUAGACAAUAUCUUCUCACCUGAAUUGCAUGGCUGCUUCCUGGGAAUUGACAGGUAAAUGUUGAUGUUGUCACCUAUUGAAAGAGGUAUGCCGUUAAUACAGUAAGGUAGGUAGAGUUAUCACUGCCUGUAUUUAGCAUUGGUUAUUAAAUUAUGUUCCACUCCUCAUACUCAAAUAGAGGAUCAUAUUUUCUGUGCAAUCUAGGAAUUGUGAAAGAGCCAUAAGCUUGGGCCACUCUAGCACUUCUGUUCAACUGAUGCUCCAAUAAGUGAGCGCCCCCUGCAGUGCACUUGAGGUACUUUAAACACUGGACCAGUUCUCAAAUGUAGAUAGGAAUUCAAGCAAACCAGUUUCCUUUACACGACUGAGUCAGCCAUUUUGUGGACAUGGCAAAGGUUUUGGAGAGUGCAGCCUAUCACUAGAAUAAGGACCGGUGACAUCAAUUUAAAGGGUCCUUGUCAUUGGCUACAUUUUUAUGAAUAUCGUUUCAUCCCAAAAAAUGGCUGCCCCCAGUGUGUUAAUGUGCACUGUACAGGAGACCUUAUGCAUCACUGAUAAUUAUUGGCCUACUUGUCAGGCAUACCUUACAUUUAAAUCUGUGCGCUAGACAUCCACCCACAUACUGCAUUGUAAUUUGCAUAAGGAGUUCUAGCAAUGAAGGAUAUGUUUGCGUUGUAGCUGCCUCUUUCCGAUAGCACACGCCAUGUUCCUUUCCCAGGAGGACAUUCUAUUGUGAUGUGGAAAUGUUCAUGGAGAAAUAUUCCAUAACUGUGUGUUCUGUGGAAAAGCAAUGCAUUAUGUACGUAUGUUAUCCCAUGUUCCCCAAAGCAGAGCAUUUGGGAAGGGAUUGCUCUUGUAGGGUUGCACCAUAGAUCAACGGUCUGACCUGAGGGUGCAAGCAAAUAAAAUGUCAAGACAGAAUACAUCUCUGUAAAAUAUUAUGUGUACAACAUGAAAUGUGCUGUGACGGUGAAACACUUCGAAAUAAAACUAUUAUACCAGUGA